AUGUUUGACUCUACUGAUCUUAUAGGGCCGGCUGGUCUCAUGGCUGCACUAACACUCUCGCGGAUGGGCAUCAAGCCUUUAGUCAUCGACGCUGCUGACCAUGCCAGCCACGAAUAUGGACGAUCAGACGCCUUCCAAUGCCGCUGCAUGGAGGUCAUGCAGAGCUUCGGCGCGCCCAUCGAGCAGCUCGAACACAUGGGCAAGAAGCUCUACGGGCGCACCUUCUGGGAGGUCUCCCCGACCAAACAGCGCCGCACCGCCUUCGCGCGCUUCUACCCCGAGUUCCUCGACUUCGACAAGGACUACUCGCUCGCGGUGCGCCAGGGGCUCAUCGAGCAGGUCAUGAUCCACGACAUCGAGAACCACUUCGAGAACUUCCGCGUGCAGUGGGGCUGGGGCUUCGUCUCCAUGGAGCUCGCCAAGGAGCAGGGCGCCCACAGCGAGGUCACCAUCCGCAACACCCAGACCGGCGAGGAGAAGAAGGUGUGGGCGAAAUAUGUAAUUGGGUGCGAUGGCGCGCGCAGCUCGGUGCGCAAGUGGGCGAACCAGUUUGGCGUGCGCCUCGAGGGUGAGGCGCUCCCGGUCACUUGGUGUGUCCUGGAUGCCGUCGGUCUGAAGAGUGACCACCCCGAUCUUGAACGUCUAUGCAUUGUCCGAUCGACCAAGGGAAUCGUCCUUGUUAUCCCCCGCGAACCAAUCAACGGCAAGCCCGCAGCCCGCUUUGACAUCCAGCUGGAGAAAUCUCGCUACGAAGCCAAGGAAGAGGAUGCCACCCGGAUGAUCAAGGAUAUCUUCGCACCGUACAAGGUAGAGUGGGAGGAGGUCAACUGGUGGUCGUCCUACGACGUCGGCCAGCGGAUCAUCAACAGCUACACCGUCGACGAGAAGGUCUUCUUCGUCGGUGAUGCGUGCCACACGCAUUCUCCUCGGGCCGGUCUCGGUCUCAACACCGCCCUCCUCGAGUCCCACAACCUCGGCUGGAAGCUUGCCCUCGUCCUCCGAGGUGCAGCCAAGCCCGAAGUGCUCUCGACCUACGCCUCGGAGCGCCACAAGGUUGCGCAGGAGCUGGUCCGCAUGGACCGUCGCCUCGUCGAGCUCUACGCCGGGCUCGAAAAGCAGACGAUGAACGACUUCAGCGGUGACGAAGCCGCGGACUGGCUGCACAGACUGCGGCUCUACCAGGCCGCCAACUAUGCUUACCAAGCCGGCGCGUCCAUCGUCUACGACCCGUCUCUGAUCACGACCACCCAGUCCGGCGAGACCGAUAGCAUGACCAUCGGCAAGCCCGGCGUUGCCGUCGGCUCGCGUACGCGCCCCGCGGUCGUCCACCGCCUCUCCGACUCCGUCCCCGUCCCCGUCCUCUCGCCCUUCGACGGGCGCUUCACCGUAUACAUCCUCGCGGGCGACCUCUCGCAGCCGGGCGCGCUCGACCGCCUCAAGGAGAUCGACGCUUACAUCCGCUCGUCGCAGGGCAGUGUGUUUGCCAAGUAUGGGAGUGACAUCGACGUGCACGCGAAGGAAGUAAGGAAGCGCAUGCCGAAGCUGCAGGUGCCCACCGCGCACGAGAGCAAGAGCGCGGGCGCGGAGGCGUUCCCGCCCGGGCGCGUGCUGUACCACUACGACUACGACGACGACAAGAAGCACUCGCGGAUCUUCGACCCCGCACACUUCUUCACUGACGAUAUCCCUGUUGUGAACCCGUACAGGGAGACGGCGCCCGAGGCUGGGUUGGUCUUCGAGCACCCCAUGCACAAGAAGUGGGGCGUCGACGAGAAGAGCGGUGCUAUCAUUGUUGCACGGCCUGAUGCUCACGUUGCGCUGAAGACGGAAGGGUUCGGAAAGGAUGCUUGGGCACAGGUUGAGAAGUAUUUCGAUGCUUUCCUGCUUUAG